AUGGCUUCUUCCACCGAGCAGCGCCUGCCUACCCGGCAGCGACGCCCGUCCACGAGUGCUCCCAUCAUCGACAUUGUCGGCUCCGUCGGGCCCGCCGGCAUCUCUCGCCCGAAGCACAAGCGCACUUUCACCGGUUUCGGUGCUGGCGAGAUCAAGAGCGUUGAGGCUUCCAUUCCCGAACCUCAACGUGAGGCAUGGACAAAGAACGAAUUCGAGGGCUUCAAGAAUAAGGACGAGUUCGAAAAGGAGGUCGUUCGCCAUGUCGAGACUACCCUGGCUCGCAGCAUGUUCAACUGCGACGAGACGGCUGCAUACGCCGCCGCUAGUCUAGCAUUCCGUGAUCGUCUAGUCAAGGAGUGGAACAAGACUCAACAGCGUCAGACCUUUACUGAUACCAAGCGUGUCUACUACCUCAGUCUGGAGUUCUUGAUGGGCCGUGCCUUUGACAAUGCGAUGCUGAACGUUGGCGCCAAGAGCAUCGCGAAAGAGGGUCUUGAAGAGCUUGGUUUCCGCAUUGAGGACAUUAUCGGUCAGGAGCACGACGCUGCGCUUGGCAAUGGUGGUCUCGGACGACUUGCUGCCUGCUUCCUCGACAGCAUGGCCUCCUUGAACUUCCCCGCCUGGGGCUACGGCCUGAGAUAUCGAUAUGGUAUCUUCAAGCAGGAGAUAAUUGAUGGCUACCAAGUCGAGGUGCCCGAUUACUGGCUUGACUUCAACCCUUGGGAGUUCCCAAGACAUGAUGUCACUGUCAAUAUCCAAUUCUAUGGACAUGUUCGCAAGUCCCAGGAUGAGAAUGGCAAGACGAUUGCCCAUUGGGAAGGAGGCGAGGACGUCACGGCCGUUGCCUACGACGUGCCAAUCCCUGGCUACGACACCCCAUCCACCAACAACAUGCGACUGUGGUCGAGCAAAGCCGCCAGUGGUGAAUUCGACUUCCAGAAGUUCAACAAUGGAGAGUACGAAAGCUCAGUAGCUGAUCAGCAGAGAGCCGAGACCAUCAGCGCGGUCUUGUACCCCAAUGACAACCUGGACCGUGGAAAGGAGUUGCGUCUCAAGCAACAAUAUUUCUGGGUUGCUGCAUCACUAUACGACAUAGUCCGCCGGUUCAAGAAGACUAAGCGCGCGUGGAGCGAGUUUCCCGACCAGGUCGCCAUUCAACUCAACGACACUCACCCAACAUUGGCCAUUGUCGAGCUUCAGCGCAUUCUGAUAGACGUGGAAGGUCUUGAGUGGGACGAGGCAUGGAACAUCGUUACAGCAACAUUCGGUUAUACCAACCACACUGUCCUUCCCGAAGCACUUGAGAAGUGGCCCGUUGGCUUGGUACAGCAUCUGUUGCCUCGACACCUUCAGAUUAUCUACGACAUCAACCUCUUCUUCCUCCAGGCCGUCGAAAAGAAGUAUCCCGGCGAUCGGGAUAUGUUAAGCCGGGUCUCCAUUAUCGAAGAGUCUCAGACAAAGAUGGUCCGCAUGGCAUACUUGGCAGUCGUCGGUUCUCACAAGGUCAACGGUGUUGCCGAACUCCACUCGGAUCUUAUUCAAACGACAAUCUUCAAGGACUUUGUUACCAUCUUCGGUGCUGACAAGUUCACCAACGUCACAAACGGCAUCACCCCGCGAAGAUGGUUACACCAGGCCAAUCCCCGUCUCUCAGAACUGAUUGCGAAGAAGACUGGCGGCUACGGUUUCUUGAAGGAUCUCACCCUGCUCAACAAGAUUGAGAACUUUGUCGAUGACAAGGAGUUCAGAAAGGAGUGGGCCGAGAUCAAGUAUGCCAACAAGGUCCGCCUUGCGAAUUACAUCAAGUCUACCAUGGAUAUAACUGUCAACCCGGAAGCUUUGUUCGACAUUCAGGUCAAGAGAAUCCACGAGUACAAGCGGCAGCAGCUCAACAUAUUCGGUGUCAUCUACCGGUACCUAAAGCUGAAGCAAAUGAGCCCCGAGGAGAGAAAGAAGCAGCUGCCUCGCGUUUCCAUAUUUGGUGGAAAAGCUGCUCCAGGCUACUGGAUGGCCAAGCAAAUCAUUCAUCUCGUCAACAACGUCGGAGCUGUUGUCAACAAGGACCCGGAAAUUGGUGAUCUGUUGAAGGUCAUCUUCUUGGAAGACUACAAUGUCAGCAAGGCGGAGAUAAUCACUCCUGCCUCGGAUCUCAGCGAGCAUAUCUCCACUGCCGGCACAGAGGCAUCCGGAACCAGCAACAUGAAAUUCGUGUUGAACGGCGGUCUCAUCAUCGGAACCUGCGAUGGUGCCAACAUUGAGAUUACUCGCGAGAUUGGCCAAGAGAACAUCUUCCUCUUCGGCACCCUAUCCGAAGAUGUCGAGGACCUUCGUCAUUCCCACAAUUAUGGCCAGCACUCAGUAGGCGCUGGUCUGACCGAGGUAUUCAACGCUAUCCAGAGUGGUACUUUCGGCGACACCAACGAUUUCGGCGCCAUGAUCUCUGCCGUUCGCGACCACGGCGAUUACUACCUUGUGUCGGACGAUUUCCAGUCGUACAUCGAUACCCAGAAGAUGGUAGACGACGAGUACCGCAACCAGGAGGGAUGGAUCACCAAGACCAUCCGCAGCGUUGCUAGAAUGGGCUUCUUCAGCUCGGACCGGUGCAUCAACGAGUAUGCCGAGGGCAUUUGGAACGUUGAGCCCCUGGCCGUGUAA